AUGUCUGCCAAUACAGUACACGUCAAGAACAUCUCCUCGCAAACCAGCGAGAAAGAAGUUAAAGACUUCUUCAGCUUCUGUGGAAAGAUUACCAGCCUUGAAGUUGGUUCCGUUGGAGAGACACAAAACGCCACCGUUCAGUUUGAGAAGGAAACCGCAGCUAAGACUGCUUUGUUACUCGACAACACUCAACUUGGAUCUACCCAAGUUAAGGUUACAAGUGCAUCUGGAUCCAACGAUGACGAUGAAAGCCAUUAUACUUCCAAUGAACAACGUGAUAGCGACGAUAUCACCCAGGAGGAGAAGCCAAGAAGCCGCAUCAUUGCAGAAUAUCUCGCCCAUGGUUACGUCAUUGGAGAUACCGCUGCUCAGCGUGCUAUCGACCUGGACCAAAAGCAUGGAGUAUCCAACCGCUUCCUCGCCACCUUGAACAGUCUCGACAGCAAGUACCAUGCCACCGAGAAGGCCAAGGGCGUCGAUCAAUCUUAUGGUGUUACCCAAAAGGCCAACUCCCUCCUUUCUGGAUUAACCUCUUAUUACGAGAAGGCCGCCGGAACUCCAACUGGUCAAAAGCUUGUCAACUUCUACACACAAACCUCUCGUCAAGUUCAGGAUAUUCACGCCGAGGCCCGUCGUUUGGCAGAUAUCAAGAAGCAGGAAGCUCCACAAAAGGUUCCUGGUACCGAGAAGACAACUUGUAAGUGUGGUUCAGUUUCAGGAGAGUGUCCGUGUGCCCCUGGGUCCUGUGCAUGCAGCGACUGUGGCAAGUCCGAUGUCAAGAAGGUUCCAGGUUCUGAUAAAACAACCUGCGGUUGCGCUGGUAACACCUCGAAAUGUGGCUGUGCUCCUGGUCAGUGCAGCUGCAACUCCUGUCCAAAGGCCGAAACGGAGAAGGUUGCUGGUAGCGACAAGACGACGUGCAAGUGUGGUGGAGACAGUAAAGACUGUCCCUGCGCGGAAGGUCAAUCUGAUUCAGCAGCUAUUGUGGACUCAACCAAGGUUGCACCUCUCGAUUCUCAAUCUGAGAAGUCAACCUUUGCUUGAGCGUUUUGGGUUUUUGAUGUUUUUGAUGAGAGUGGCAAUUUUUUGGGAUCGGUGUGAAUGGAAUGGUUACAGAAAACGGAUAUUGGGGAUGAACUAUCAGAUUAAGUUGGACGGUUGUUUGCAAGCGAUGCGUUGGGGGAAUAUGAAGGUUAAUGAUCAAUUUGCGAAUCAAAUAUCAUAAGUCUCACAACAAUUACGUGCCUUCCUGCUAUGAUGUUGUUUGUGACUGCAAAGGGCUCUGCUUACUUGGUAGUUUUUGUAAA